AUGGCAUCCGAGACAUUCGAUAACCUCUGCAAUCAAGUAUACUGGCAACUGUACAACAGACUCGAGAGAAAGGACGACCCUAAUUUGCGAUUUGCGACUAAUGGGACUGCUGAGAAAGUGCUUCAUAACGAUCUCUUGAUUCGUCUUUUUCAGAGUCUACUGGUUGCAAAUAACACGGCGGUCCAGCAAUUCGGACUAGCCGAGGAAGAGCUUGCUGAAAGGGUAGAUGAUCGAGAAUUACAUGAUUUUCUUGCAGUCUUAUUAUUUGCUUCGUGUGGAAUUGAGGCUGCAAGACGGUUCACCAAGAAACUCGUAGCCAGGAAUGAUUGGCCCUUGAAAGGCAGGUUCACUGGACAAGAUACUCAUCGCUUACCGGCGAGUCGGGAAGACCUCCUGCAUCUAUUCAAAGACAGUGUUAUUGUCGACAAAUUCUGCAGUUCACAGGCAUGCUUUAGUACUGUGGUGAUCCACAACCGGCAAGAAGUCGUUGUUGAAAGUCUCAGUUCUCAGCGUCUGCCGUACCUAGAAGAGGAGGAACUCGGUAGUGGUUCAUUUGGCAAAGUUUUCAAAGUAAAGAUUGCCAAGGGCCACUUCAAAGACACACGACAUGGAACCCUUAAUGCAACGUCUAUGGACGUCGCCCGCAAGGAUUAUAUUACGACCACCCAAUUUGAUGGUCAAGAUGAGCGAAACAUGAUGGAGAGAAUCCUCACGGGAUCAACACGGAAAUGCGAAAAUAUCCUAGGAAAUUUUGGAAGUCUUCGCAUCGGCACCAAUUCCUACAGUCUGUUUAUGCCUUGUGCAAUCUGUGAUCUCAGCGAUUAUAUGACGAAAUAUCAUCCUACCAGACCCAGUAGUGUACACGAAAAGGCAAAGAUAGUCUUGUCAGCAAAAGGUCUUGCAGAGGGGUUGGAUUUUCUUCAUAAUGAGAUGAAAGGUCCGGAUCAGCAGGAUAUGGUAUGCUACCAUAUGGAUCUGAAACCCUCCAACAUCUUAAUUUUUCGUGACACUGCCUACGACGGUGGGAUAAGAUAUGUAUGGAAAUUGAGCGAUUUUGGUAUGGCUCGAGUCAAGUAUCGGAGCCGGGGCCAGACUGUGGAGCGAGAAGAAAUGGAUUUCAACAGCGCUUUCCUUCAGCGAAUCAAACCUGAAGCAGAACGAUCUCCGUCAGGAACACGAAAUAGGCGUGGGGAGGGUACGUAUCUGCCUCCCGAAUCAUUAACAUCGACGCGGACCAUGACCACAGCAAGCGAUGUCUGGUCUUUGGGCUGCGUAUUGAGCGUUGUAUUCGCAUAUCUAGAAGAUGGCGGCGAGGGUGUUGAGAAUUAUCAGUUGAGACGACUCCGUCAUGCAGAUUCGGACGGGUACGAUCGAUUCUUUGUCCGAGGUCGAAGAUUCACACCAAACAAGGAUCAUCCAGAAGUGCACAAGACACACACAUGGCUUAUUAAUAAAGCCGCUCAGCGGCAGGCUGAGGAAAUGCAUGCAGUUCACUUCAUGUUGAGAUAUUUGGAGAACAGGGUUCUUGUUCUAGACUACAGGAAAAGGGAUGGCGUGAAGACGGUCAAGGAGAAGUUGGCUCAAACAUAUACUUAUUUUAAAAGUAUGCCACCUGUUGAGAAUCACCUAACAGGGGAGCACCACACGUGGAUAGACAGAACUCGCAGUAGAGGCACUCCCCUCUCACAUUGGCAGGUUGACUCCUGGCAAUUAUCGUCAACCGAGGGCCUAAAAGGCUGCGAGAUUUCCCCCAGAGGAGAUCUAGUAGCGUACUGGAGCGACAACCAAAUUCGACUAUACAACGAGCUCUCUCUUCCACCACAAGUCACCUUUGGAGAACCACCGGUUGUAUCUCCGGCGGCGGAGUACACUUUAGGAUUAACUGAUUGUAUUUGGAAGUCGGUGGCUGUGACGGAUAGGUUUUUGAUAGCUUCUACGACGGGGGCUGUUUUUCAGUGUUAUGUCUAUGAUCUGGUCUUUAUUCGUCAAUAUCGGAUUACGUUGCAGUUACCGGAGAUUAGUCGACUGGCUAUUUCGCCUGAUAGCAGAAUAAUGGCGUGUGUCAUGCAAAGUAAAGAAGAGGGACAGGAAUGUGGCUCCGUAUUUAUUGUUCCUAUCGAAGAACUGAUACAAGAGGCACCAAGGCAGAUGACACCGUCCACUCAGGGGUCCUCUGGUACUGAAAGUGAAGGCAGUUUGUCAAGACGAGGAUUGCCGCAUGACUCGACUACCCUAAAGCUUGACUGGUCAGCGAGUGAUAUUACUUAUAUAUCGUUUCCGACACCUGAUGAAGUAUAUUUGAUCGUACAGCCGCAGAUCACGGCUCGAAGUCGUGAGAAUGAGAUUCCAAUCAUUCAUCUGUCGCUCAAGACCAGGCCUCGUUUAUUGCAAACUGUGCUUGUCAGGUCGCAGGGAGUUGACCCCGGCAACACAGUAGGUCUCUUUACGGCAUUCACAGCCUUCCGCCAGCAACAAUCAACAUGCGCAUUCAUAGCGCGUGAAAAACAGUUAUAUAUUCAAAAUCUGGCGUACCCCGGCACCACUGCUAUUGAAAACUCCAUCAAAAACUACCGCGUCUUGAAGCUAGUCAUGGACUGGAACGACAGAAAAAUAUUCGCUUUGGGAACACCCUCUGGAACGAAUCGAGUCUAUCUACUAGAAAUGACCGUCCCACAGUCUGAAGUAGACAGAGUCACCGUCACGGAACUUGUGUCCUUACCAGAUCUAUCACAAGAUGACGAGUUUACGCAGGUUCUUUCUUCGAAUUCUUUCCAACAGGGAGGGGAUUAUAUUCUGAUAGCGGCUCUGACGAAUGCGAGUCGACGCUGGAUAUAUCGUAUUUCAUUACCGGAUUCGUCAGCAGCCACCUAG